AGGCAGUCGUAUUUACGGCUUUGUUUCUUCUAGUCUACAACUUCCCCACAACUUGAUGAAUUUUAAGAACGAGAACGAGUCCCACCUGCUUCUAUGAAAAGUACGAUCAUACCCCUGCUACGAUUUCUUUUUUGCUAAAUAUUCCGGUGUUUCUGUUUUUUUCUUCCUUGACCGGUGCGGCUUCGUGUUGAUUUUCACUACGCCGACUAGUACACGACUCAAGAACAACUGAUGGUAGGAAAAAACACGACGGCGCCCGAGGUGGCCUCGGCCAUCCCGCGGGUGAUCCCCCUCGCCGCGGGCGUCCAGGUGUGGGUCAAGGACGAUGCCGAGGUCUACAAGCCUGGCGAGGUGUUGCGCGUCUUGCCCACCAAGAGCGCGAAGCCGACGAACAAGAACACAUUAACCCGGUCGAACCUGACCAGCAGCACCGCUUUCUCACCCCGGUCCCGGGUGGCGAGCAGCGGAACAAACGCGUUAUCCUCGUCGCCCGCUCGCAACGGCAUUUCCACGAAGCCCGAUGAAGGGGUCGUGGAGGUCCGGGUGGGGUCGCAGACCAUGGAGCUGCUCCCCUCCCAGCUCCUUCUGCGAAACGAGUUGAAGAUGCAGCCGGACGGGAUCAAGACGGUGGAAAACGUGGACCAGCUCCCCUUCCUGCACGAGGCGGCGCUGCUGCACACGCUGCAGACCCGUUUGCACCAGGACUUAACCUACACCUACGCGGGCAACGUGCUGCUCUCCGUGCUGUCGAAAAGUAGCAAGACGCACACGGGGUACGAGGAAAUGUCCAAUUACAUCCGGGACAACACGCGGGAGUGCGCGAACUCCAAGCCGCACAUCUUCGGGCUGGCAAUGGAGGCGUUUUACUCGAUGUACAAUAAGGGUGUGUCCCAGAUGGUCAUGUUUUCCGGCGAGCAGGGCUCGGGGAAGACGGAGAACGCAAAAGCAGUGCUCCGCUGCCUCACCUCGCUAAAACCCUCGGCGGUGGAGCAGGCUGCCGCCGGGGCUACCGCCACUACGACGAGCGUGAUGGUCUCGCCCGUGAUUACCCCUUCGAUGACGUCCAGCGCAAACACGAAAAGAACCGCGGCGGUCACGGCUUUGCACGAGGCGGUGGAGCCGCUGCUGGAGGCCUUUGGGAACGCGUACACGGUCCGGAACCGGAACGGGUCGUGCUUCGGAAGUCUGACGGAAUUGUUCUACAACAUGAACAACCGGUCGCAGCUGGUCGGGGGAAAAAUGGAAACGCUGUUCUUCCAGAAGGCGCGGGUGACGGAGCUGAACCAGGGCGAGCGGAAUUUUCACAUCUUUUACCAGUACACGAGUGCUUUACAGGCGUCUGCGAAGGAUAACUACCGCUACCACUUCAAGGAUUCCACUAGCAACAGCUGUGUGUACAAGUUCGUCCCCUUCGAGGGCGUGAAAAAGGCGGUUUUACCGAAAAUGCUCUCGCAGGGCGGGCUGGUCAAGGUGAACGACGUGGACGACGCGGCGGACUUUGACGUGACCCUGCACGCGCUGCACUGUUUAGGGAUCACCGUCGCGGAGCAAGAGUCCAUGUUCCAGAUUCUCACCGUCAUCGUGCUCCUCAGCUGCGUCGCGUCGGAUGCGCCCGGCGUGCUGGGUAUAGGGUUUUUUAGUAGAUUUUUCGCUUCGAGCAACUCGAAGUUAGUAUACCACGGUAAAAAAAAACUCGUCAAGCUUGUUUCUUGUUCUGCUCUACAGAGAUCAUGCGUAAAAGAGUGACAUUCAGUAUGUACAAAAAAGAUUACGUACACGUUAUCAAAGAUGAAACCAGUUGUAGGCUCCUUCUGAAGCCAGACGUUGUACUACUAUCAGAAUUCGAUUAAUUCCUCUUCUCCAAACCUCUCGACACCAGGUCCGGCCAAGAAAGUGGACGAGCGCGCGGUGGAAAUGCGGCCUGCAGCUGGUUCGGCUGUUUUCGCACCCCUAAAAGCCAGAAUAAGGCUUUUCGCACCACCAAAAGCCUUAUUCUGGCUUUUAGUGGUGUUUCAAGCGAUCUACUGCGUCCAGCUGCACGCGCGCGCCUGCAGCGCCGCUGCGUGCGUACCCCACGAGGGCUCUCCGCGUCGAGCGUCGGCUUCCACUCGAGGAAGCCGACACUCUUUUAUGGCGCGCAGCAGCACUCAGUCCUGGGACUGAGUGCUUCUAGCAUCGAGCGCUAUCUCGCGCGUAGAGUGCACCUCCGCGUCGCCGCGGCAGCACCUCUACAUGCGAGCGCGCGCGCUUUUCAUGGUUGGGGCCUGUGACGUCGCCCUCUUUCGAGAGCGACGACGCAUUUUUGUGGAGGGCGCCACCGCCUAGCGGCAGCACACCUCACACUGCACACUGUGCCUGCGCGCGUUGGUGAAGUGCACCUCCGCGUGAGCGGCAGCACCUUCGCCAAGCGUAGCGCGCACCUCGUUGGAGUGCACCUCCGCUUUCGCGGCAGCACCUCCUCCGAGCACGGCCUGUCCCUCUGAGGAGUGCACCUCCGCGUGAGCGGCAGCACCUCCUCUGAGUGCGACAGUCGCGGCACCGAAGCCAGCGGAGUGCGAUCCGCACCUCUGCAAAGUGCACCUCUGCUUUCGCAGCAGCACCUGAGCAGAGUGCGGCGCUCAUAGCACAUCUGCAAAGUGCACCUCUGCUUUCGCAGCAGCACCUGAGCAGAGUGCUUGACGCACAUCCGUGCGGAGUGCAGUCUGCACAACCGUGGAGUGCACCUCUGCGUUGCAGCAGCACCUCCACGGAGCGCGUCAUGCACCUCCGCGUGGGCCGGGGCGCCUCGACGCUCCCGUGCCCACGGCUUUCUCUUUUCUUUUGGGGGGAUAUGGAUACCACACGGCGCGCGGGCCGUCUUGCUCUUUGUGUUUAUUCCGACAUUGCCAGACCGUACAACACACGGGCAACGAUCGAACGAGAAACCAAAAGGCCCGCACGUCGUUGCCCGGAGCGGUGUCGUCUCCGUUAGCUGGCAGCGCUUAACCUCAUUUUGCUAUUGAUAGAGCUGAUGGACGCAAAAUAUCAAUUAAUUCCUCUUCUCCAAACCUCUCGACACCAGGCCCGGCCAAGAAAGUGGACGAGCGCGCGGUGGAGAUGCGGCUCGGCGUCCUGGGUCGCAUAUCAAAAGGAAAAAUCCCCCCUCCCCAUAUCGAAAACGAGAUUUCUGAUGCUGUAUUUGAGUACACAAAUCGACUUGUAAUGCUAGAAGGCAAAGAGACGCAGCUUUGGCCUCGUUUGUAGGCAAUUUGUCAUGCUGUUUCCCACUUCCAGCUGCCCCCUGUCAUGCUGAAGAUGCAACGCUUUCCCACGCCAACCAGCACUAUAGUCCGCAUCUUUUCCCUUCUAGCAUGACAAAGCUGAUUUGUGACCACAAAUCUGCAUCGCAAAUUUCUAGUUUGAGUAUGGGGUGGGGGGAUUUUCCUUUUUGAUAUCGCAUCCUCGGCCUCCGCGACCUACCGAAGCUUGCCCACGUCUGCAACAACUCGGGCGCGAUCCACGCCCUGGGCCGGCUCUUGUACCAACAGUUGUGGGACUUCAUCCUGCAGAAGGCGAACGAGGUGUUGCUGCAGGACCGGGUGGAGGUCGAGUCCAACCCGACGGAUUUCGCCUCCGUGUCGGUCCUGGACAUGUUCGGGUUCGAGUCGUUUAAGAAGAACAGUUUCGAGCAGUUCUGCACCAACUUUUCCACCGAGGUGCUGAACAAGUACAUUUUCCAGGACGUGUAUGCGAAAGAACGGUUAUUCCAGACCCGGGAGGGCCUCCCAGUCGCGGUUUUGCCCCCGCAGAAGCUGCACCAGGACCACGCGGAGGCGGUCAAUUUGAUCCGCACCGGCGUGUUCCCCGUUUUGGAAGCACUGCAAAAUGACGGGAAAUUCGCCGCGGGGAUGGCGGAAAAGGAACGGAUGCUGAAGCUGGACAAGUUGUUCUGCCAGCGGCUAAGGACGCAGUUCGGGGCGGGAAAGAACCCGCGGUUCAUGGAGAAGCGGCAGCAAACCGACACCUUCGCCAUCAAACACUUCACGGCGGAGGUUGCUUACGCGGCGGCCGGGUUCAGCUGGAAAAACCAGGAUCCGUACACCGCGGAGUUGUACCAGUUCUUGAAAGAAGAAUCGGAAAACCCGUUUUUGCAGAACCUCCUGCAGAACAACAGCGCGAAGCUGCUACAGCCCGCGACGAAACUCUUACGGACGCAGGUAGACCGGGUGAUGCGGCUGGUGGAGGGGUCGGAGCGCCACUUCUGCAUCUGUUUAAAGCCGUCCAACAAGCGCGAGUCAAACUCCGAUUUAUUCGCGCGCCCCUACGUGGCGGAGCAGCUGCGGAUGCAGGGCGUUUUAGAGAUCGUGAAGCUGAAGCGGGGCAUGAACAAGUACAAGGUGCGGGUUGGACGUGCGCAGUUUCUGAAGGACUACGGGGGGUUGGUUCCGAAAAGAAUAUUGAAUGAAUUUAUGUCCUCCGAUAGUACAACACAAUCUGUGGAGCACGCCUCCCGGCAGUUUUUCAACACCGUGGCGGAAAAGCACUCGGUCGUGAAGGACGCGAUCAAAGCGGACGGGGAAAAUUUUAUUGGUUCCUCCACCGCCUUCCUCACCGAGCCCAUGUACCGGGCGCUGCGGAAGAUCACGAGUGGUUUGAACGACCAGGCGAUCACGAAGCUCUGUGCCCGGUGGCGGGGGGCGUUGACACGGCGGAGGUACGUGUUUAUCCGGAAGUCCAUUGUCCGGAUUCAGCGGUACGUCCGGGAGUACAUGACUUUGAAAACGAAGAGGAAAUUCCAGCACCUUAUCUGGCUCCUGCACGAGAAGGGAGAUAAGCCGAAGGGACUCAUGGCCAUGGCGAGACAGGUAGAAGUUGCUUGUUUGCUGCUCAGAGUUUGUUGAUUUUUGUGUUUCGGAAAUUUGCCUUGAGCACAGACAUGUCGUGAUGAAUAUUGUCAAAGCGUUCUUCAUCUCUUGGAGCGGUUAGCACGUCGAGUAGACGCUGAGUAUGUGCAUUUCAUCGAUAACAAGUUGAAAAAUUAUAGGAGAACCACACUACUAGCAUGUCGCAAGUAAAAUCCAUCAACCUAAAAAACUUUCAGAUGAAAGCGGACAAGGAGGCAGCUUCCGGCGAGAAGCCGGAGCUCCCGGCCCACGUGGUCGAGAAGCAGGAGGCCGCGGGCGAGCGCGCACGUUUGCAGCAGCAGAAGCUGGAUCUGAUGCACCAUUUGCAGCGACUGAAGGAGUCUUCCGAGAUCGCGGUCCCCUUCAGUUUCUACAUCGAGGGCGACGAAAUUGUGGACAAUGACGGCACCAACCGGCAGUCCGAGCAGUCCAUGGUCAAGCAGCUCUACGCGGUGCAGCAGCAAAUGGCCGACGCGAUCGGCAGCAGCGGCGACGGCCGCAUGCGCCAGUGCUGGGACCGGAUGCAGGGGGUGCUGCAGCGGUUGGUCCUGGACGUGGAGGGCGGACCGAAGCGAACGCAGUAUUUACUCGAAAAGCAGGAGCGGGACUGGAAACGGAUGAUGGAAAACGACCGGGAGCACUUUUUAGAAGUGGUCAAGCACAAAUUAGGCGGCAUCGUCGAUCUAACCCCAGAAGAGGCAAAACGCCGCGCCAGACAGUCCAUUACCAACAUCGACAUCGAGUUUUCCGUGUCCAAGUUGAAGAAAGAUUUGGCGGAGAUAACGGACGGGGUAUCUGAUGAGGAACGAGCGAAAUUGCACACGGAAGAGCAGUUUCGUCACUUCAAUUUUGACGAGUUGUCGCCCAUCUGGACGGAACGGCUAGUGAGGAAUCUGCGUAGGACGAAAAAACCGUUGGACGUUUUGAUCAUAGGCCCGAAAAACGUCGGGAAAACGGAGCUGGUGCGGAGGAUGUACAAAACCUGCAUGAUGCCCAUGCCGCCGGCGUUUUUGAGUAUAAGUUUUUAGGAAUUUUUUUGGUGUUUGGAUUCAGAGUUCUUUUUGUUAGUUUGACCUGAAAGGGAUUGUUGGCACUCCUACUGUGCAAACAACUACACAUGAAUCAUUCCACUUUCACUUUCACAUCCCACUAAACUUCAGACCCGAAAACCGGAGAGGAAUACACGUUCGCCACGCUGGGCGGCCGCGCCGAGAACAGCAUCCGUGAGGACCCCGAGCAUUUUCUGCCCGACCUAGUCCGCCAUGAUAUGGAUUUCGGUGGCGGCUUCAACCUGCGCAUCCUCGAUUGCCACGCGAGGCUUUCCGAGUCCAGUCUUUACCGCAAUUUAUACGGCCAAGCGCAUUGGGUUUUCAUUGUGUACACGGUGACGAGGCAGGAAUCCCUUACCUCCGCGUUGUCCCUUCUAAAAGAAGCGAAAAAGUUCAACAACAACGUGAUGCUGCUUGGAAAUUUAAUUUUCGAGGCGGAAACGGUGAAGGCGACCUCCAGAUCCGCGCAGCGCCGGGUCGCGUCGGAGUCCCGGGAGGUGAAUCUGAAUUACGUGAAGGCGCGCGCCGAUAAGCACCAGGGCAUCUGCAUGGAGACCAGCGACUUGCUGGUGGCGACGAAGCUAGCGGUCGAGUCCAUGAUGGCCCCGUCCGAAGUGGUGCAGUACGUGCCGUCCUUGAAAGAGGCCUGGGAAUUGUCGGUGCAAUCACCGCCAGCCCAGCGCCGGGAGGAGAUGCGCAGCGUCGACGACGCCUAUAAGAAAGAUAUCAGGGAACGCUUGCAAGGGGUAUACUUUUUUGCUAGAUGAAAAUGCUUUGCUUCUCGAUAAUUGUCGUGGGUACUCGUCUAAUUGUUCACGCGAGGACUUGAGUGAUAAGUAACGCAAGUGUAAGUGCUUCUUAUGUUUUACAAACGUGAAAUCUUGUGCUAUCGAGAAAAAUCUCUUUCUCAGGUGAAGGACACCACGCCGUCCCUGGAAGAGCACGAGGCCGAGAAUUCCUACGUUCGCUAUCCCAUCGCGGAAGCGUACGACUACGGUUUUAUGUCCCUGAUUCCCCCGAAGGAGGACGUCGCACACAAGGAACUGUUGCAGAAGGCCCACGACCGGACGGAAAAGCAGAAACGGUUGAACUACCACGACGACGCGGAGGGGAUGAAUAAAUUGAACAAAGACUACGAGGAAGAGGAUUACGAUGCGGGACAGGACAGGGAUUUAAUCCUCGUCGAGAAGAGGAAACCAAAAGUACCAUCCGCCGUUACCUGUAUCCAGUUCGGGUUGGAAAAUCGGGUGAAAACAUUUUCCUUCUUGGUCGUCGGCUACAAGGACGGGCACUUGGCGCUGUACCGCAUGAACCACACGCAGACGGAUUACGAGUUGAUCCAUAUGGCGUCUGAACAAGAAGUGGGUGUGGAGGAGACCACGGAUUACAUGCGGUUGGUGCAGGCGACCAGCAAGCAGGUGAACAAGGACCAGGGGCUGUUUACCCAUGUGUCCACCUGGAAGGCGCACCAGUCCGCGAUCACGUCUGUAGUGUUCACCUCGACAGAACAGCGGUUAAUCUCCACCUCCACCGAUAGGACCAUGCGGAUGUGGAAUCUAGAGACCGGCCACGACCAUUUCGUACAGCACGGCCACCCACAUUUGCAGUUCGCCGCGGAAGACGCGUAUCCCAUUUCCUGCGUCGCCACCAUCCCGGCGUUUCCGCAGUUGUAUGUUUUAGCGAAUGCCUCUGGGAACCUGCGUGUCGGGGAUUAUCUAGCGGGGUCGAUUAUCCAAAAAUUUUCGCACAACGAAGAGAUCCGCUGUCUGCAGAUCGACCAUAGACAGGGCAACUACAUGUUCGGCGGCACGAAGUACGGCGAGGUCUUUGUGAUCGACUGCGAGCGGCCGACGGAUUUUAAAUUUUUACCCAAUCUGUCGAUUAGACUGAACCAGCACUGGCAGGGGUGCACGGACAUGAAGUUCGGCUCGCUGCAGACCAUCGGGUCCCAGCCAGAGUACUCGAAAGAGAACGAGUUUGGGUGGCAAGACUUGUUGGUCGUGAACUGUGCGGACAAUUCCGUCGUGACGUUACAAGUCACGUUUGAGCGCGACUAUAACCGCAUUUUGACCAUGACAGUUCUCCAUCGGUACCCGAACUUGCAAACGGUGUUGCCGUUGAAAUCUUGCUUUUCCAACCACGGAUACAUCUUAACCGCGGGCGAGGACCGACACGUGCACGUCCACACGAUCCACAACCCAAGACACGUGUGCAGCUUACUACACGACGAGCCAACCGUCGCGGUCGAUUUAAAUCGGUCGCACACCAUCCUCGCCUCCGGGGAUGUCGAGGGCAACAUCUACAUCUGGCGGUGCUACGAGAAGCCCGGGGAUAGCAGCGACGACCUAGAGCCAAAUAGCGGCGAUUUCGAGCCGGGGUCGCAGGGCACGGAAGGGAGCGAGUACGCGCGAGGACCAUCAAUGCGGAAAUCGCGAGGCAGUGAUAGUAUGUCAGUGGGUGUUAAGGGCGGAGACGGGAUGGCGUCCAUGCGACAGCAGGGCUUCGGGUCCGCCGCCGAGGCGGUGGACGACGAUAGCGAUAUGCCGGCUGGGAACUUCCGCAACAGCGCGUCUAUGAACGAGCCGGGCACAAUGGGGGCACCCGCGUUCGGGAGAGUCGCUUCCGGUUCCGUUAGUGGUGGAAACAAGUCCAGCACGACGAAAAAAAGCAGUGGCUCCAGCUCGUCUAGCAGCGGGUAGAGGUGCUGUUGGGUCGUAGAUAGGUGGAGGUGACGAAUAGGAUUUUUUUCAAAAUUUACAUUUUCGUGUAUGGAAACUUCGAGUGCAUGGUUUGAUAGUAAGCCUCACAUUUCGCUUUUUGUCAUAACAUUUUCACAGGCAAAAAGACCGAUUGUUACACUAAUUCAAAUACUCUGAAUCUGAUUUUUUUGGUUUUCUUUCUUUUAGCAGAUGACAUCACAGGAUCACUAACACUAUCUAGUUGGAAAUUUCUUGUACACAACUUUUUUCUCUCUGUAUGAUAUCUUUUGCAUUUGGCAGACCGGUUUAGAAAGACCCCAAAAGGCUUUAUCGUUUCAAAGUUAAAGUGCUUACUCUUCCAAGAAUGUCUCGCAUUAUCGUCGUUUGAACUUUCCUUUUAUUCAUAACAUACACUAUUUUAGAAAACACUUGUAAGUUAGAAUUUGAACACAGUAAAUUUGGCUCGCGGUUUUAGUUGAAAUACUCGUAAAAUGUUUUGAAACGCAUAAGUGCACUGUACAACACGCGAAAGCUACCCCCGAAUUUUAGAAAAGACCCCCAUAUUAGACUAGGAAAUUCCACCCACCUUGUCCCGCUAGGUACAUUACCCUGUACAACUACAACGUCAAGCGCAAAAUGAGAUUUUUGGACAACGACAAACGCCUGUACUUGACACUUGGGAAAACAAAGAUUCUCUAC